AUGGCCUCCACGACAAACACCUCACUGCCCGCCGAGGGACCCAAACCCGUCAAUGCGCCCCCCAAGACUAUCGGGGACUACGACGGACUCGCACGCCCACCACACCUAUCGCGGCUCCCCUCCAAAGCCACACAACACACAAAAGUCGAGCCGCUCAGCAUCAAAGUCGAAGACGGUGCAGACGGUUCCGUGGCCGGCUUCCUCCACCUGCCCCCUAACUUCGCAUCCCCAACGCCAGAAACGCACCACCGCACAGCAGCCAUCCUCCUCUCCGGCGCCGGCGGAGGCGUCACCGGCCCCAGCUCCAUCUACCUCAGUCUAGCAGCCAAGCUAGCCGCCCUCGGCCCCGGGAUCCCAGCCCUAUGCCUCGACUACCGGUACCCGGCGCGCAACCGCUACUGCGUGCGCGACGUCAAGGCCGCCAUGGAUUAUCUGCAGGCCACGUACGGACUGGACCACUUCGUGCUCGUCGGCUGGUCCUUCGGCGGUGCACCGGUAUUCACGGUCGGCGGCAGCAACGAGCGCGUCGUCGGGUGCGCGACCGUGGCGAGCCAGACGGCCGAGACGGAGGGGAUCCGAAGGCUGGCGCCGCGGCCGGUGCUGCUGCUGCAUGGGACGGCGGAAGUGAAGCUGAGUCAGGCAUGCUCGCAGCGGCUGUAUGCGCAGUAUGGGACCGAGGGGAACAGGCAGCUAAGGUUGUUCGAUGGGGAUAAUCAUGCGCUGAGCGUGAAUGCGCCGGUCGCGGAGACUAUGUUGCUGGAGUUUACUGUGAACUGUGCGGGCUUGCGCGUCGAUGGGGAGGAGGAGAAGGCUGUUGUUGAUCCGGAGCUUGUGGAGGAUAGCGAGAGGAUGGCGUUGAUGCGGAAAGGUGGUGAUUCGAGGGCUCCGGAGAGUAUGGAGUAG